CUACAAGCAUUAACCAGUGCCCGGCUGGAUGCUGAUAGACAUCACAAGACUGCUCUAACUGCUGAUGAGAAAAGGUAACUAGCAGUUUAUAGUUAUUAAAAUAAUUGCAUUUCCAUGUUCUGUGUACUGUGGGAAACCAGAUAGAGUGAAUGCAGGGUCCUGGGUUUAGGAACACUUUAAGUUUUAGAUGGAUUAUUUGUUUCUUGUUACAUCAAUAUAAAAGACCAGUUACUCCUUGCAGUGUAGGUCCAGACCCACUGCAAGGGAGGAUUUUUACUUUUCCUGCAGUUGGGCUUUAAU